UUUUGAUGUAAUCACUGUAACUCUUCUAGUAUUGUCUAUAUUUAUUUAUCUCUCUAUCUGAGUAAAUUAAUUAGGGACAUAGACUAGAAGUUAUAAUUUCACAUUUAUAUUUAAGAGGCAUGUUUUCUCCCAUCGAGUGGUACAUGUUGAUCUUAUGUUGCUUUUAUAUGCAUAACAUAUGUUUAGUUUAAUUCUCCCAUCGAGAUUACUGUCCAUGGAUGUUAUGAUGCAUAUAUGAAUUUUGCUGUCAUUAUUGUUAUUAUGCAAUCUUGAUUUAUAUUCAGUUUUUUUAUUAUUAUUGAAUUGCUGUAAUUUUAUUUUAUGCAUAAUCUUGUGACAGAAUGACAUCUUUCAAUCCCUUAGCCAAUAUCCUAACCCAAAACAAGCUUGAGGGUCCUAACUAUGUUGAUUGGAAAAGAAACUUGGACAUUUUGCUUACUGCAGAAGAAUAUAAGUUUGUGCUCAAUGAAGUGUGUCCUGAAAAACCCGGUGAAGGUGCCACUCAAGAUCAAAUUAAGGCUCACCAGAAAUGGGUUAAAGCUGAUGAGAUGGCGCGAUGUUACAUUUUGGCAUCUAUGUCAAAUGUUUUGCAACAUCAACAUCAGAAAAUGGAUACAGCUUAUGACAUCUUAGAAAAUCUCAAGGAGAUGUUUGGAGACCAAACUAGUGCAGCAAGGCAGAACGCACUAAGGGAGAUCCUGACUUCUAAAAUGGAGGAAGGAACUCAAGUAAGAACUCAUGUUUUGAAGAUGAUGAGUCUUCUGAAUGACAUGGAGGUUCUAGGUGCUGAAGUUGACAAGGCUACUCAGAUUGAGAUGGUCUUGAACACUCUGCCUCCCAGUUUUCAGCAGUUUCGUUUGAACUAUAACAUGAAUAAAAUGGAUUUUACUCUGUCUAAACUGCUGAAUGAGCUGGUAGCUGCUGAGACUAUUAUUAAGCAAGGAGCUGCACCUGUUGUGCUUAACAUUGAGCGAGCUUCUUCAUCUAUCCAGAAAAAGGGUAAGAAAAAGAAAAAUGUUAAGCCGAACAAAAAUGCCAAAAGGUAA